GACAACGUAUGAAUCAAACAUUCAAUCUGAUAUUGUUUUGUUUUCGUUGUGACCAUAUAAUCUUGUAGAAUAUGUCUAAAACAAAAACAGGAGCAGUGUGGGAAGAUAGAGAAGUUCUUUUUGAUCUGCCCUUUGCAUAUUUGAGGCUCAGACCAAGCGAGAAGAUAUUCGACCGUAUCGAACCCAUAGAAGAUACGAAAGGAAACAGCGGCACCAAAGGUCGAAUGGUGGUCACCAAUCUCAGGGUCAUCUGGCACUCGCUUGCUUCACCUAGGAUCAACUUGUCAAUUGGCCUCAACUGUGUCCUGUCUACAACCACAAAAGUGGUCAACUCCGGUCUACGUGGCACCACUCAGGCUCUCCACCUGCUGGCUGCAUUCAGGACUAGCCGCUAUGAGUUCGUCUUCACCAACCUGUCUCCUAACUGCAUCAGGCACUACACAUCUGUCGUUGGCGUACAUAGAGCGUACGCAGCGUCUAGGAUGUACCGCGACCUGAAGCUGAGAACGGCCGUAAUACAACACAAACAGUUGAAAGUGCUGCCUUUAGAAAAGAUUUGCCUGAACGAGCACAGCAUUUGGAACCUGUCAAGUGACUCCGGUAACCUCGGCUCCAUGGUGGUGACCAACGUGAGGGUAGUCUGGCAUGCUGAUGUCAACGACGCUUUCAAUGUAUCCAUGCCUUACAUCACUAUUGAGAGUAUUUCCAUGAAAGACUCAAAGUUCGGCGAGGCCCUAGUAUUCGUGGUCCGGCAAGAGUCAGGUGGCUACGUGCUGGGCUUCAGGGCAGACCCUACUGAGAGACUCCGCCCCCUGCUGGCCGAGCUGCGAGCGUUGCACCAGGCGUACAACGAGCGACCGAUCUUCGGGGUUGAGAUGACUUGGGGAAACGAGACGACAAAGCCAACAACAGAUGACAUUGAAGAAUUGGAAGAAAUAGGAGAACCUCGCGGAGAAAUGGGGCCUAAUCUAUACUUAGCAUCGCAACUGGCUCAGAAUAAAUCUGAGAACGAAGUACAGCCUGUUUACAGCUCUUAUUUAGGCCUAGCCAUCGAACCUUUGAAAGAAGGAUUUACUUUAAAAAGCCUUUUUGAAGUUCAAACCAAUUCGUAGUUAAAGGUGUAAAUUUUAUUUCUUCAAAUAACUAUUUAAUAAAUUAUUUUUCUUU